AUGGUCAGUACUACUCUGCACACUCGCUAGUAGUGUGACCUGCUGAAGCUUCCUUUCACCCUCCCUUUAGGCCGCCCAAAACUGUAAGCUCUCCCAGCACGCACCACCACACGGGUCGCUGUCGUCAUUAAACCCCGCCGCCCGCCGCGCGGGUGGUCACUGAUCCCCACGUUCCCCUCUCUUCUACAGCCCAAGGUAUCUCAGCGCUGUUGGAUUCCGAGAAGGAGGCCGCUGCGAUCGUGCAGAAGGCUAGGGAAUGUAAGUGUUGCUACCUUUGCCUCGACGGCAACGGAGGGCGGUCGAUCAGGCGAUCCCGGUCGAAAGAACCCCCCACCCCUCCAUCGCGGCGUGGGGUGAGGUACCUGGCCUGGGCGAGUGUACGAUGUUCAUUCGGGAAGGAGAAAAUACUGAGGUCGGACGUGGCUACGCUCAGACCGCACGCAAAGGAUCAAGGAUGCGCGUGGCGAGGCGUCCAAGGAGAUCGACGCGCUCAAGAAGAAGGCCGACGACGAGUUCUCCCAAUUCGAACAACAGGUAACCCUAGCGUGGCACCCUUUGGAGGCUACAAGAAAUAUUGAGCUGACCGCAUCCUCCUCUCACCCUUGCCCAAAGCAUUCCGGCGACUCCUCGACCUCUCAAACCCAAGUUGACGAAUACACCUCCGACCAACUGGGCAAGAUCGCCUCUUCGUUCGACCAGAACAAGGACAAGGUCGUCGACGAUCUCUUGCAGAGGGUCGUAGAGGUGAACCCGAGGUUGCACAAGAACUACAAGCCUUGA